UGCAGCCUCCGUCUCCCAGAUGCUCUGAUGGAGUGAACCGGGCAACGAUGCGCGUUUUUGUCCUUUCUUUGUCGGUCAUGGAGAGGGAUCCUCUCUCAUCUCUGUGAAGCCUGGGCCAGGGGUCAGAGGUCAUCCACCAAACCUGUAUUUUUCCCUCUUACCCCUGCACCCCACCCCACCUCCCUACCACCAAGCCCUCAGCCCCUGCCACCCUGCACUUUUUCCUCCAACCACUGGAACGUAUAUCCAUUCCCCCCACUUUUCUCCCACUCACAAAUUCACGAGGCCGCCGUGUUCGUCUUCCCACCGCACUUUCUUCUUGCCUGCCAGCCUCACUUGAUCAGCUUGAGAGGAAAGACUCCUAACCAACAAAGUAACUGUUGACCGUUUCAUGACGAGUCCGUCGUUCAUCAGACACUGUGCUCAAGUGUAUUAGAAAACCUCUCAGAUAACACCUCUCACACCCAGGCCUCAAGAUGAUGUGCGAGGUGAUGCCCACCAUCUCGGAGGACGGGCGCGGCGGCGGAGGCGGCUCGUCUUCCCCGGCAGGGGGUGGAGGAGGAAUGGGAGGAGGGAUAGGAGGCAUAGGGGGCUAUGGCAGCCGGGAUCCCCGUCUGAGUGGUGGCGGCACCGAUGAGGGGGGCAGCACAGGCAACCUGGAGUCGCUUAUGGUGAACAUGCUGACGGAGAGGGAGAGGCUGCUGGAGAGCCUGAGGGAGACACAGGACAGUCUGGGGACGGCACAUCUACGCAUGCGAGAGCUGGGCCACGAAAAGGAGUCACUCCAGAGGCAGCUGUCCAUUGCCCUGCCACAGGAGUUUGCAGUGCUGACCAAAGAGCUGAACCUCUGCCGAGAACAGCUGCUGGAGAGAGAGGAGGAGAUAGCAGAGCUGAAGGCAGAGAGGAACAACACACGACUGCUGCUUGAACAUCUGGAGUGCCUGGUAUCCCGUCACGAGCGCAGCCUGAGGAUGACCGUAGUGAAGAGGCAGGCCCAGUCCCCAGCCGGGGUCUCAAGCGAGGUGGAGGUCCUAAAAGCCCUCAAGUCCCUGUUCGAGCACCACAAAGCUCUGGAUGAGAAAGUGAGGGAAAGACUACGGGUGGCUUUGGAGCGAGUGGCAACCCUAGAGGAAGAGCUGCAGUCCUCGUCUCAAGAAGUUCUUUCUUUAAGGGAACAAAUCAAACGACGGCAGCAAGGACUAGAUAAUGGCAAAGAGCGACUCCCCAAUGGACCUUCCUCCAUCUUGGAUGACGCAGACAUCGACAGGCAGAGGGAGGGCGAGAUAGAGCGGCAGAGGUCAGAGCUGGGACAGCUGAAAGAGAGACUGGCCCUCAUGUGCAGACAGGUUGGAGAGAUCGAGGAGCAGCUGACGUCCGCCAGGAGGGAGCUGGCCCGAUCGGAGGAGGCCAACCAGAAACUACAGAGGGAUGUGAAAGAGGCACUCUGUCAAAGGGAAGACAUGGAAGAGAGAAUCACCACAUUAGAACGCAGGUACUUGAGUGCCCAGAGGGAGGCGACGUCUCUCCACGACAUAAAAGAUAAACUGGAGAACGAGUUGGCCAGCAAAGAGUCUCUCUACAGACAGAGCGAGGAAAAGAACCGGCAGCUUCAGGAACGUCUGGAUGAUGCCAAACAGAAGCUGCAGCAAACUCUGCAGAGGGCUGAGACGCUGCCUGAGAUCGAGGCACAACUUGCCCAGAGAGUGGCAGCACUCAACAAGGCAGAGGAGCGUCAUGGUAACUUUGAGGAGCGACUGCGGCAGAUGGAGGCGCAACUGGAGGAGAAGAACCAGGAGCUACAGAGGGCGAGGCAGAGGGAGAGGAUGAACGAUGAACACAACAAGCGUCUCUCCGACACUGUGGACAAGCUACUGUCUGAGUCCAAUGAGAGGCUGCAGCUCCAUCUGAAGGAGAGAAUGGCCGCCCUGGAAGAAAAGAAUGCCCUAUCUGAGGAACUGGCUAACAUGAAAAAACUCCAGGAUGAUCUCUUGGCAAACAAGGACCAGCUGAUAGCAGAGCUGGAAAGGCUUCAGCUGGAGUUAGAUCAGUUGAGAGCGAGGCCCGGGGGCUCUUAUUCCAGUCGUUCUCUGCCAGGUAGCGCUCUGGAGUUAAGGUAUUCCCACGGGGGCGGGUCCCUCCCAGCAGGCUCCACCACUCAUCUGGAUCCCUUCUGUAACGCUCCCUCUGGGGGCGUGGUUAGACGAAGUCACCGGGCUCGUUGGAGCUCCGCACGAGAGGACUCAACCAAGUACCCAGACUGGGAGAGCGGGGCUCUGCUGGGGACCGGGUUCGAGCCGGGCUUGGAUGUGGGCUGUUCCGACGACGAGGACGACGGGGAGCCUCGGUUUGGCUCCGAGCUGCUGUCCCCGAGUGGACAGACUGACGUGCAGACCCUGGCCAUCAUGCUGCAGGAACAGCUGGAGGCCAUUAAUAAGGAGAUCAAACUGAUCCAGGAGGAGAAGGAGAACACGGAGUUGCGGGCCGAAGAGAUUGAGAGCCGGGUCAGCGUGGCUUUGGACAGUCCGCCCAUCCCGCCAUCCUCCCUUGGGAGAGACAGCACAGGGCGGGGCUUCAUCCCCUCGUCCAUCACAUCCUCCACCCUGGCCUCCCCCUCUCCUCCCAGCUCUGGACAUUCCACCCCUCGCCUGACUCACUCCCCGGCCCGUGAGAGUGAUAGACAGAACAACAAAGAUGAUGAUCGGUCCCUUGCUCUUCUUGACUCUACGCCUCCUUCCACUCCUCGUGCACUGCGCUUGGACAGGAUGGCCCUCACCCAUCCGGGAGCAAUGCUUGAUGACCCCAGGGACUUUCGCAGUCUCUCUGCAGACGGCAGCAGCUCCAACAGCAGCCAAGAUUCUCUCCACAAGUCCAGUAAGAAGAAAAGCAUCAAGUCUUCCAUCGGUCGGCUUUUUGGGAAGAAGGAGAAAGGAAGGAUGGGGCAACCUGGGCGGGAUGGAUCUGCUUCUCUUGCAUCUACACCCUCUGAAGACCAAGCGUCUGGAGACCCAAUGGGGAUGAACAAGACUGGGACUCUGGGUCCAGCAGAUAAAGACCGCCGCAGCAAGAAGAAGCAUGAGCUACUGGAAGAAGCAUGUCGCCAAGGACUUCCCUUUGCAUCGUGGGAUGGACCCACUGUUGUAUCUUGGUUGGAGCUGUGGGUGGGAAUGCCAGCCUGGUACGUCGCAGCCUGUCGCGCCAACGUGAAGAGUGGCGCGAUCAUGGCCAACCUUUCGGACACAGAGAUCCAGAGGGAGAUCGGCAUCAGUAACCCACUUCACCGGCUCAAACUGCGGCUGGCCAUCCAGGAAAUGGUGUCCCUCACCAGCCCCUCUGCCCCGGCCAGCACUCGCUCUUCGACCAGUAACGUGUGGAUGACCCACGCAGAGAUGGAGUCUCUGAACGCUGCCACCAAGCCUCCGGAGCUGAAAGAGUUCAGCUGGGAUCAGAUACUGGCCUAUGGCGAUAUGAAUCACGAGUGGGUGGGCAACGACUGGCUGCCCAGCCUGGGCCUGCCACAGUACCGCAGCUAUUUCAUGGAGUCUCUGGUGGAUGCACGCAUGUUGGACCACCUGACCAAGAAGGAGCUGAGAGGGCAGCUCAAAAUGGUGGACAGCUUCCACAGGGUCAGUUUGCAUUAUGGCAUCAUGUGCCUGAAGCGUCUCAAUUAUGAUCGCAAGGAGCUGGAAAGGAGGAGAGAGGAGAGCGUCCACCAGAACAAAGAUGUGAUGGUGUGGUCCAAUGAGCGUGUGAUGUGCUGGGUGCAGACACUCGGUCUGAAAGAGUACGCCGACAACCUUCGUGAGAGUGGCGUACAUGGGGCUCUGCUGGCUUUAGAUGACACCUUUGACUACACAGACCUGGCCCUGCUGCUGCAGAUCCCCAAUCAGAACACACAGGCCAGACAGCUCCUGGAGCAAGAGUACAACUCCCUCAUCUCCAUGGGGACUGAGAGACGACCUGAUGAGGAUGGAACGAAGACGUUCACCCGCUCACCCUCCUGGAGGAAGAUGUUUAGGGAGAAAGACCUACGGGGCGUGACCUCUGACUCCGCCGAGACCCUGCCUGCUAACUUCCGUGCCUCAGCCAUCUCCACGCCCUCCGUUACCCUGAGAAAGGUUCAGAGUGAUGCCAACUCUGGUGCCCGGGGUGAGUCUGCCUCAGUGAGGACGUACUCCUGUUGAGGGACUGAGG